AUGGCGGACAUUAGGACAAUGUUUGUACUUCUGUGCGGGGGCGGGGUCUUGUACGCCGCCCUUCGAGUGCUGUACAACAUCUUUCUCCACCCACUACGGCGUUACCCGGGGCCGAUGCUAUGGAAAGCAAUACGACUAACCUGGAUUGUCGCUCUUCAGCGUGGCUAUCUGCAUCAAGAUCUUCUUCGACUGCAUGACCAAUAUGGUCCUGUGGUCCGCAUUGCUCCAAACGAAUUGUCAUAUAUCGACGCUCAGGCAUGGAAGGACAUUUACACUUCUCGACUUGGUCACGCCGUGCUCGAACGAAACCCAGUGUGGUUCCGUAAGAAACCAGCUGAACCAUGGAGCAUCAUGGGAUACGAUGAGGACGCCCAUGCUCGAUUUCGCAGAGCCUUUAUGGGGUCAUUCAGCGAGAAGGCUGUCAAGGACCAGUCGCCACUCCUCGAAAAGUACGUCGAAAUGAUGGUUCAGCGCUUCAAGCAAAUGGCUGUUGGUGCAAGUGCAACAGUCGACGUUGUGUCGUGGUUGAAUUUUGUGACUUUCGAUAUAUCCGCCGACUUGUCGUUCGGCGAGUCUUUCGAGAGCACUUCGAAGGGUGAACCGCAUCCAUGGGUGGAAAUAGCGUGUCGUUUCGGUAAAGGCGUUGCGCUGGUGGCAUCGAUCAACCACUAUGGGCCAUUGGAGAGCCUGCUGCGGAUGGCACUGCCGAAGAAGGUUCGUGAGAAGAUGAUCUGUCACCGAGAGUUGACUGCGCAAAUGGUCCGGAAGCGGCUCCAGCUUCAGGACGAAAGAGCCGACUUUGUCAACGCUGUGCUCAAGUAUAAUCAGGAAAAGACCGACAAGGUGACGGCAGAGGAGCUUGAGCUCAACAUGAGUGUGAUCGUCUUCGCAGGUUCGGAGACAACAAGCACCGCCAUGGCCUCAGCACUUUUCUAUCUUUUGCAGACGCCAGCCGCAAGGGAGCGUGUCACGGUGGAGGUUCGAACAGCCUUCAAACACGAAGAAGACAUCGAUGUCAAUAGUUCGUCGAAGCUCGAAUAUCUGUCGGCCAUCAUAAAUGAGGCUAUGCGGCUAGGACCACCAAGCGCCAUUGGGGUGCCCCGCGUGGUGUCUGAAGGAGGAGAAGAGAUCUGUGGCAGAUGGGUUCCUGGCGGGACAUUUGUAGGCGUGAAUCAAUAUCCUGCAUUCCGAUCCGCCACGAACUUCAGCGAUCCUGAAGCUUUCAUCCCAGAGCGUUUCCUGGACAAGCAAAGUCCCGAUGACAACCUGGCCGUCUUUCAACCCUUUUCUGUGGGACGGCAUAUGUGCAUAGGGCAGAAAUUCGCCUGGGCUGAGAUGCGGCUAAUAUUGGCGAGGUUACUGUACGCUUUCGACCUCAGCUGGGACGUUGCUCCAACGAUCGAUGAUUGGGGUGAGCAGCAGACUUUCAUCUUCUGGCAGAAAGAACCGCUUCAAAUCAAAUUGAAACGGAGAGAUGAUACGAACGUCGUAUGA